AUGAGUAAGAACUGGAACGACCGCGCCGACAGAGACUUGUUCUUCACCAUCUUGUCGGUGAAGAAUAUCGGCGUCAUUAGCGGAGGGGAAUGGACGACUAUCGGUAACCAUAUGAGAGCUUUGGGCUAUGGCUUCACCAAUGAAGGUUGCCGCCAACACUUUCAAGGUCUCCGGCGAGCACAGGCCAAGGUCGAGGUCAAUGGCGCUCUUAACGCAGAUGGGACGAGACGACCCGUCGACCCGACCUUGAACCCCAUCACUAGGCGUCCAGGUCCAGGCCGCGGUCGACCAAGGAAGCACCCUCAACCCCAGGCGCCUGCUCAGCCACAGACCCAGUUCAUUCAUAUGCAGCCCCAGCUGAAGAUAGAGCAGCAGCAGCAACAACAGCAACAACAGAAGCUCCAGCAGCAACAACAGCCCCAGCAACAGCAACAGCAGGAGCAGCAGCAGCAGCAAUAUCAGCAACAACAGCCGCAACCACAGCAGCAGCCGCAACAGCAGCAACCGCCGCAUCAGACCCCGACCCCGAACCCGCAGAUGAUGGUCAGCCCGGUCCCCGUGCCCACCGUCGGCCCCAUGCAGCCCAACGCUGCGCAGUCGUUGUCUCCGCCCGUCAACCAAGCUCACGCUCACGCUCAAGCUCAAGCCCAGGCCCAGGCUCAGGGUCAUCCUCAUGCAAUGCCCGUUCCUGUGCCCGUCCCUGUUCCCAUGGGUGCUACCGACUCUCCUGCCGAGCCCGAAAAUGAUGAAGAUGACGAGGAGGAGGAGGUAGAGGAGGCGGAGGCGGAGGUGGAGGCGGAGGCGGAGGUGGAGGCGGAUGGGGAGGACGAGACGGAACCCGAGCCAGAGGAUGAUGAUGACGAUGAGCCCGCCGCAAAGCGGGCGAGGCUGGAUGACGGUCAGCUUGAGCAGCCGUUGAAUGAGGAUGUUCUGGGUCUUGCUCAUGGGAAUCCUGCGGAUAGUUACCCUUCGCCCACUUUCAACUAUGCUGAGGCCUAA